UCUAGAUAGUCCAAGGGCUUUCAAAUAGCUCUACGUGACUGCAUGUGUUAUAAAUGAAAAUUAAUAUCUAGUUAAAUUACAAAUAUUACAAUACAAAACAUACUUGCUAACUGUUCGACCAAGGACGUUCGUUCAUGACGCCUAUUCAACCUAUAGAUACACCAUAUACAGGGGCUCGUUCGACGUUUAAAUUCGUAGUAUUGUAGGUUGUACUUGUAUAACUUUAAAUAUGGGACAGAACCAGAAAUCAGGGAAAAUAUUCACCAUGCCAUAGAAAACAUAGAAAUUAAAUUGACUGUAAAUGCAUGAAACGACCAAAUAAUCACUUUACGCAAUAGGGUUUACCAUUUUAAAAAAGCACCCUUUUUAUUGUGUGGCGUGUCACCAUGGGUGAGCGAUCGAUGGUUACUCUUGUGGACAACAUACAAUUUUAAUUCUUAGUAAACAACAAAUCAAGAUCGUUAUCUUUUUGUGUUAAGGAUUAGUUGUUUAUACUUUCAUAGAAUUAACUGCGCGAGCUAAAAAGGUUAACGUAAACAACGUCAUAAAUUUGUAAAACAUUCCAAUAGAUUUUAAACACAGUCCAUUAGAUUAAUCGAGUCUUGUACACAAGUACAGCGUCUUAGUCCAUGUGAACCAUGUGGUCAUUUAAAUAAGAUAUACUUGGAUUUGUACUGGGGGAUGCAACAGGACAGCACUGCCGCACUGCUGCUGGACUGCAGGGCCGAGGAAAGUACGAUUUCUAUGCGAACGCAGUCGUAGACAAAAGUUUUAGUAGCACUUACAAAAUCUAAAUAACUAAGUAUCAUAAUCGUAACUAUAAAAGGAUCUCUAAAGUUCAGACACGGAACGAAGAGUGUAGUUUACCUAAUGGUUUGUGUCCAUUAAAGCAAUGAUGGCACCGAAACAAAUGAUUAUUGGGAAUUUGUGUUUGUGUAAGCAAGUUGGCAUCCGAAAAAAUGGCUAAAGCUAGCGGCACUAAAAAAAGUUUCUCUUCGUGGAUAUCAAAAAAAAACAAAGUUCAUGUGGCGAAAAUACCCGUGACGAACAAAGCAGUAACCUUACAAGACUCGUUGAGACCAAUUUUAAUAAUCGGGCAAGUAUUCGGCUUAUUUCCUGUUGUCGGAUUGUACAGCAAGCACGAAGCUAACUUGAGGUUUUAUUGGAUUUCCUGGAAAUGCCUUUAUUCAUUAAUACUAUUGAGCGGGCAAAUAUGGAUGUGCAUAAUGUGUUUUAAUAAAAUGUUGCGCAUGGAAACUACAUUGCAGACUACAUCGCCAGCUAUCUUCUAUGGAACUACAUGUAUAUCUAUAGCUUUGUUUCUACAAGCGUCUUUAAAAUGGCCUAAAUUAGUCAAGCACGCAAUUCAAACAGAAGAUCUAGAUCCCAACUUUGAUACAAGUGUGACAUUAAAAUGUUACAUUACUUGCGCCGUUGUUCUUCUUCUAGCCAUAUUAGAACAUAUUCUUUCUCUGCUGUAUGCAUUGAGUGAAGCCAUAGCGUGUUAUUCUCAUACACAUAUUAGUACGUACGAAGGAUUUGUGAGAGUAUCUUAUCCUUGGGUGUACAACUUUAUGCCAUAUUCCAUUCCACUGGGCAUGAUAACGCAGUUUCUGCAUAUUCAAGCAACGCUUAUUUGGACCUUCUCUGAUCUAUUUGUAAUUUGUACGAGUUAUUACCUUACUUCACGCCUGGAUAAUGUCAAUCGAAAGUUACUAAUAGCACAAGGCAAGUACUUGCCGGCAUCAUUCUGGCGGAGCGCGCGCGAGGAGUAUAGCCGCGCGACGCAGCUCGUAAGGAAAGUUGACGAUGUCAUUAGUGGAAUAGUCUUCAUAUCUUUCGCAAACAACUUAUUCUUCGUGUGUUUACAACUGUUCAAUACUUUAGAAAACGGAAUAAAAGGUACUGGAGCCUGCCGUGCUAGUCGUCUCAAAGGGACGACCCUGUUUGCCGGUUACGAGGGACCCGCGUACUUCAUCUUCUCUCUCGUGUACCUCAUCAGUCGGUCUGUGGCGGUUUCACUGAUCGCAGCGCAAGUAAACAGCGCAUCUUUGCUGCCUGCCCCAGUCUUAUAUGAUGUCCCGUCACCGGUGUACUGCAUCGAGGUUCAAAGAUUCAUUGAUCAAGUGAAUGGAGACAAUGUGGCAUUAAGCGGACUACAGUUCUUUAUGGUCACUCGCGAGUUGCUAUUAACGGUUGCCGGAACAAUAGUUACAUAUGAGCUAGUAAUGUUGCAGCUUACACCUUCAACUCAAGUGCCUACGGCUAAUGGGACUUUGACAUAGAAAAUAUAUGCAGUCUUAUAUUUUUUAUAAUUUUUAAAUAAUAACUACCUACCCACCUACCAAAAUUACACCAAAAAAGUUUUUCUUAAAGUAGAAUUUUGAUUGUGUGAGGGUUAAGGCGCGGUGUCUAGUAAAAUGCGCUUUUUUGUAACCAUAAGAAUAAUAAAUAUUUACAGACUUUUACA